GGGAGUAGGGGUUAACUCUGUGGAAUGUUGCUCUGUGGAAUGUGCAUGCAAAUAGGUUUAUGCUAAUGUCAUGCUAAUGAGUUUGUGUCUGGGGACAGAGUCAGGUCUGUCCAGGCUGCGAGGGAACUAAAAUGGAGGACUGGAAGGAGCACAGGAGUGACAAGUACAGAGGAUUGUAAAAAAAGAAGAAGAAGAAGAACGUUUCUUUGUUUGAUCACUUGCUUUUCUUAUUUUCUAUACAUAUGGAGGACCUAUCAGAAAGUGAUCAUGCCUAGAAAGGGGAAUGGACAGCUGCCGUUACCGGAUGGCUGGGAGGAAGCAAGGGAUUACGAUGGCAAAGUGUUUUAUAUCGAUCACAACACUAAACAGACCAGCUGGAUCGACCCAAGAGACAGGUUGACAAAACCUUUGUCUUUUGCGGACUGUGUCGGGGAUGAGUUACCGUGGGGUUGGGAGGCAGCAUAUGAUCCACAAAUUGGUGUCUAUUACAUCAAUCACAUUAACAAGACAACGCAGCUGGAGGAUCCUCGGAAGCAGUGGCGGAAAGAACAAGAGCGAAUGCUGAAAGACUACCUAAUGGUAGCACAAGAUGCCCUCAGUACUCGGAAGGAAAUCUAUCAAGUGAAGGAACAGAGACUUGCACUAGCCCUUGAUGAAUAUGUGCGUUUGAAUGAUGCUUACAAGGAAAAAUCCAGUUCCAGAACAAGUUUAUUCUCAGGAUCUUCAUCAAGUACAAAAUAUGACCCUGAUAUCCUGAAAGCUGAAAUAUCAACUACGAAAGUCAGAGUAAACAAGCUAAAGAGAGAACUUUCACAAAUGAAGCAAGAACUUUUAUACAAAGAGCAAGGCUUUGAAACCUUACAACAAAUUGACCAAAAAAUGUCUGGAGGUCAGAGUGGUUAUGAACUGAAGGAAGCAAAGGCUAUUUUGAGUGAACUGAAGUCUAUACGUAAAGCAAUUAGUUCUGGAGAGAAAGAGAAGCAAGAUCUAAUGCAGAGCUUGGCUCAGCUAAAGGAACGGUUACAUUCUGAGCAGUACAUCGGACGAUCUGAGCCAGAUCUGCGAAAUACCUCGAUGGGGUCACACUUAUUGAUGUCCCGACAAACACUGGAAGCUGGUUCACAGACUGAUAUCUCUGGAGAGCUUGUAUCAAGAAGUCGAAAUCUUGCAGAAAAGGUCAGGCUCAGCUUGCAGUAUGAAGAAGCUAAAAGGAGUAUGGCCAACCUGAAGAUUGAAUUAUCAAAGCUGGAGAGUGAGGCUUGGCCUGGUGCUAUAGAUGUGGAAAAGGAGAAAUUGCUGCUUAUCAAUGAGAAAGAAGAGUUCCUGAAAGAACUGCAGUUUGUAACUCCACGCAGACGAACGCAGGAUGAGCUAGAGCAUCUGGAGGCUGAGCGUCGCCGGUUGGAGGAGGACCUUCUAUCUGUUAAAACCAUGCCCUGCCACGCUCUAGCAGAGAGGUUGAAAGUACAAGAAAAGAGACGAGAGCUAGUACAGAAGUUGGAAGAGUCCACUAGACUUGCAACACUCAUCCAUUCCCAGCUUAAAAGUCUUUCAGCAAGCACGCUCUCAGUGUCUUCUGGAAGCAGCCUGGGAUCGCUGGCAUCCAGCAGAGGUUCUCUCAACACAUCCAGCAGGGGCUCUUUAAAUUCCCUAAGCUCCACUGAUCUCUACUACAGCCAGCAGGAACCGAGUGUGGACUUGGACUAUCAAUACAAACUGGAACUCCUGCUGCAGGAGAAGAUUGCUUACAUUCCUUCAGGUCCCAUCACUACCAUUCAUGAGAAUGAGGUGGUGAAGUCUCCUACUAACUUGCAUUAUAAUGAUUCAUCUGAUUCACCAGCUUCAGGCCACAUGAUCAAAUCCACUGAGCCAUCCAAAUCGGUCACUUCUCUCUCUUCAAGGUCUUCAUUGUCUUCUUUGUCCCCACCGGGUUCUCCUCUGGUCCUUGAGGGCUCUUUUUUACAGUCAACACAGGAUUUGUCUCUACAUGAUAUAGCCACGGAUUUUGCAGACUGUGAAAUUAUAGAUGACUUUAAAGGCCUAGGGCUUUAUAAGAAUCAAAUUGUAUUAAACUCUGAGCCUGGAGUCAGCCAGUUUAUUCCCAUAGAGAAGGAGUCUACAGAAUGCCUUGAGGGUCCCACACCCACGUUUCAGGAGGAUGUUGAUAUACAGGGAACCGAAUCAGGUCGUCUACUGGAAGAAAAGGUGGUAUGUGUGUCUGCAGCAGUAUCUGAUGAGUCUGUGGCAGGAGACAGUGGGGUAUAUGAAGCAUCUCUCAAAAGGUCCACUGAAGCUGAAGAUCCAGUGUACACUGAAGAUGACCCCAUAGUUUUUGAGGCACCUCAGAUUCAGAUUGGACUCAAGUAUGACGGCACAAAUUCAAGCUUUGUAAUAAUGUUAAUGCAGAUGCGAAAUCAAGGCAGUCUCAUGAUAUCACGUGGUGCCAAACUGUAUUUCAGGGUGGUCUUGCUCCCAUCUUCGCCAGACUCUAGUUGUUUAUUCCGCACAAAACUCCACUCAGCCACAGACUGCAUUGUCUUCAAUGAAAUCUUCAGAGCUGAUGUGCCCCAUACUACUCUUCAACAGAAGACUCUGAGAGUUGACAUCUGCAAUGUAGGCAAGACUCAACAGGAAGAGUGUCUGGCUGGGACACAAAUAAGCCUGGCAGACAUUUUGCUGUCAGACACAUUUUCAACCCAUUGGUACAAUUUACUGCCUUGUAAGAAAAUCUGCCACCAAAAAAACAAGCAGCAAAAUAAGGACUCACUUCUUAAGCCUCCGGACCAGCAUGCCAGCUCUGUAGAAUUGGAUGCUGUGUCUGCAUUGCUAGAAAGGACAUCUGCUGAGCUGGAGGCAGUGGAGCAACAGCUUGCCCAAGAAGAACAGGACAGACAUAUGGCAGCAGGGGAGGACUGGUUGGAAAUUGUGGAAGAAAGUGCAGGGGAAUUGUCACAGAAAGAAGAUGAGGAAGAGGAUAUUCUGGUGAACUUAGUAGAGGAUGGAGAACUGUCUGAUGAUAACUGCCUGCACCAAGAAGACGAGAUAGAUAUUGGUGAAAGUGCAAUCUUAAAUAGCAACCCAGCAGCUAAUGUGCCAUUACUGGUUGACAAGGAGACCAACACGGAGGAGGAUACUCUUCAGGAAAAUGUGGCAGUUAGGCCAAAAGAUAGAAGCAACCUCAAUUCCAGACAGAGAUCAUUUGUGAGGAACAGCAUGAUAGUGAGAUCACAAACCUUUUCUCCGGGGGAGAGAAGUCAGUAUAUUUGCAGGUUGAAUCGCAGUGAUAGUGACAGCUCAACACUGGCAAAAAAAUCUCCUUUUGUGCGAAAUGCAACAGAAAGGCGAAGUCUGAGGGUAAAACGGACAAUCUGCCAACCAAUGGUGAGACGGGUAACACAGGACCAUCCAACACGCACCUCUUUGGACCUGGAGCUGGACCUCCAGGCAUCUCGCACUCGACAGAGCCGCUUGGAUGAUGAACUGCAGGCACUAAGGGAGCUGAAGAGGAGGCUUGAGGAGAUAAAAGCUAAGGGCGAAACUGAGCUAUCACAGUGCAUACUGGAGGACGAGCGGUUUCAGAAGCUUCUAAAGCAAGCUGAGAAGCAGGCUGAGCAGACUAAAGAACAACAAAAGCAGGGGCUGCGAGCAGAGAAGCUUAUGAGAAAAGCUUCAAAGGAUGUUUUUAGAUUACGGGAACAGAGUCAGAAAGUUCCACUCCAGGUCCAGUCAUUCAGGGAGAAGAUGGCUUUUUUCACCCGAGCAAAGAUCAACAUACCUUCUCUCCCAGCAGAUGACGUGUAAAUGCUGUUUUCUAGAACAUAUUGAAAUAUUUUUCCAGUUGAACUUUUUAGCUGAAGAUUUUGGUAGGGUAGCUACUUGAAUAUAUAAGUUAUAAAAAAAAAAAAAAAAAACAGCAACAACAUAGAAAUUAAUGUAUUUGUAAUAUAAAUAAAUAUAAUGGUUAUGCUUAUGUAAAAACAAAAAGAAAUAAUGGGAUUCUUCUUCUGAGAAAACCAAAGUAGAAUAAUUCUGGUACAUUGAGGAUAAUGCGUUUGUACAGUUUGUAUGUAUGUCUGGCAUGCUUUUUAUUCUGUAAAGAUGGGACGCAGGAACAAAAGCAGUACUAAGUGUGUUUAUCAGUACAAACACCACUGCUUGACUCAUAAUAUUCUGUUCGACAGAAUGUAUUCUAUUGUUUUCACUGUUUUCAUGUGAGUAGAGUGUAAAUGGUGGCCACUGGCCACAGAGUGUUUUCAUGAGAGCAUUUCUGUUUCUGUAUGGAAUGUCUUGUGAAUAUGUGAUCUCUGGCGCAACCCUCCCAGGUGCUCUGUGGAACGUGAGCUUCUACAAUAAUCAUCCUCCCGCUUCUGGGUUGCUCCUUUCCACUUCCAAUGAACCUCCAUUGAAGGAAUUGGGUGUAAAAGAGAGGCUUUUGUGAAUGUACAGUAUUUUUUGGUUGCUGCACUGAUUUUUAUUCUUUAAAUAUUGCAAAGGUUUUUUUCUCUUUUGCACCUUGCCAAAAUCAUCAUUACUUACAACAUGAACCCUCUGUGUCUUUUUUAGCACUUAGUUUCUCCCCUUUAUUUAGUAUGGUUUUUAAUUAUGAGCUAUACAGUACAUUUCUGUUCUUUCAUACUUUACUGUAAAUCCAAUUGCUCGCUGAGAAAAUCAUGUGAAUUUGUUGGAUAUGAUUCUGUGGCAGUCAGUAUCUGCUGGUAUCCAUACCAUGCUAGAACAGAUUGUCAUCUUGAAUUGAUCAAUUGAAAGUACAAUUUAGUCAAAUUUGUUUUAGAAAAGUUCACUUGAUCUACAGCACUCUGCUUGAAAAAUAGAAAAAGGGGCCAAAAGAACAGUUUCAUUCUUGCAAUAAGAGUAAACCUGUUAAGACAAUUUUUACUACAAUACAAUUGUAUUGUUUUAUACUCACAUUACAUAUACAACUGGCAGUAAAAGACAGCUAUAAGCUGUGCGUUUGGACAAGCGGAGCACACUGCUCGGUGAUCUAAUUCCAGACAGAGAAAUUCUUCCAAGUUUAGAAGCCUUUAGUGUUUAAUGGAGGGGCAUUGAAAUCACAUCAUAUAUAAAAAUAAGUAGGUGCCUUUUUUCUGUACAUUAUGUACUACAGGAGAAGUGUCUGAAACUUUGAAAAUCCAAAGUUUUUUUUUUUGUUUUUGUUUUUUAUUUUUAUUAUUUUAUGAACAAGAUCUAUACAACCAGCUCCUCUUACAAUGUGAUUGUGUUCAGCUUUCAGUUGCUGCUGAAAGCUACAAAUAUGUUUUCAUUUUUUCAAAAUUUGUUAAGCACAACAUAGUAUUUUUGUUGCUGUUUUGUUAUUCUGGGAUAAUUUUCUUCAUAACUGAUAUUUGUAUUCCAUGGAUUAUACAAGUUAUAACAAAUUUCUCUGUAUUUUGGUUAUUACCUAUUUCUAUUGUGUUGAAAUACAAGGGGAGGGAUGCACGUUUCAUCUGAAUGUUAGGAACACACAAAGCACUGUAUUUAUAUAUAAAAAUAGUCAGAUCUAAAAUAUCCAGCCAGCAUUUAUAAAAUAACUAAUAUCUGUGAGCCUAUUGGGGCUACAGUGUAGGAACAAACAUUGCCCUUUAUGGGCCGUGGUGUCUGCUGCCAUUACGAACUACCAAGCAACUGCUUUUAUAUUAAGAAAGUUAACCCUCCAAUUAACAUGGUCUAGUUAAUUACACAUUAAGCAGAAACCAUUUCCAGUUCAUGAUGAUGGCUUUAGAAAGAUAUAAGCUUCUGAAAUGAAGGCACAAACAAUCAAAUCUGAGGGCAUUUUGAUUAUAUGCUAUUUGUACCCUGCUGUGUAGAUGACGCGUUUUGAAAGUGGUCAUUGCUUGAAACUGGCCAACUUUAACAUAGAAUAACAAUUAUAUUUUGCAGACCAAAAGGGUAAAGAGUGCCAGUUAAAUCACUUGUGCAAACUAAUACAGCUAUAUGAUGGUUUUCAUCCAUGUCUUUGUCCUGUGCACCAUGCGUAUAGCAGGGCCUGUGUGUUUAUGGAUUGUUGAAGUAUGGCACUUCCAUACUAACAUAAGGGUUAUGCUACAAAUGACUGCGACUUUAUAUAAAUUAACAAGUAACUGUAAACAGCUGUUUUUGUCAAAUAUGUGCUUCACAGACACCCAUUUUACAGGACAGGAAGCAAAUAUUUUCCAUUAGGUUUUGGGAGAUUUCAGAGAUUGUUUUUGACCCACUGUCUAUUAUUGUGUGAAACUGAGAGAAAAUUAAAAAUGAUAGCAUUUUGCCUGUUAUAUCUAAAGGUAUGCUAACACAAGGUCAGUUAAACUGAAAAGUUACUACAGCACUCUUUAAAAAAUUAGCUCUUCAUCUCUUAGUCUCAUGUUUAUUUUAAAGAGAGAGAUUUUAAAAAAUACAGUUCUAUAAAAAGGAACGCCAUACACAAGAAUAUAAAGCAAGACAAGAGCCUCAAGUAAUUAAACUCCAAUAAUGUUUCUGAAACAAGUGAAAUAUUUAUUGAUAAUAGGAUCUUUGCCUCCAUGGUCAUAUCCAGCAGACCUAAAAUGAAGUGUUUGCUGAUAGCAGUAUUCUAAAUCAGUCAAAUACUUCAGCCUGUCAAGCACAGAUUUCCUCAAUAUGCAUAACAAACAUUUAAUCAUAACAGGAUUAUAUCUUUAAAAAUUUAUGUUGCAUUCAACAUUGUUAUUUUCUAACUAGACUGCAAGGUCACUUUUCUUUGGCACCUGUGACUUUUGAUCCUGAUCCACAGCACCCUUCUGUUUAUUUUACAUUCUCACGAAGACGGAAUAGCAAAUAUAUAUGAGAACUUUUUUAAGCGAACUACAAAUUGGUUGUGUUUUUAGUGUAUCUGGCCAGCCUUUGAUUAUUGAUACUGGAGAUUUGUCUCACUUAACUUGUUUUGCUUAGUAAAUUUAUUUUAAAUUAUACAAAGUGAUUCAAAAUUUUAAAUGAAAUUUGCAGACCAUGUGUAAUUUACAACAUGUUAAGAUGCAGUGACAGUCUUAAUUUUAAAAGAUACAAAAUUCCUUUCAAGUGUUUGGGAAGCUCAAGAAUUAAAUAUGUAUGGAACCAGCUUUUUUUU